AUGGUGAUUGAGCACGAGGCAAGCCCAAGAGUGCGCCAAUACCUACUUGCGUCUCGCGUCCUUUUCUUCGUUGGUAUCGGGCUUACUGUCGCUGGCGGAGCCUUGGAAGGAAGCGAUACGGCCAGUGAUGCACUCACUGGGGUCAAACUCGUCAAAGCUGGAUACUUCAUUGUCGUCGUUUUUGUGGUUUGUCUGUUGGCUGUCCAAGGUCAUUUCUGGUCACAAUUUUCUCGUCUUUCGCAUACCAGCCAAACCGCGAAAACAAUUGUCGCACCGCUCGAUCGCGUCAAGAUUCUAUUUCAGACGUCAACUCCAGCAUACGAGAAAUAUGUCGGCAGCUGGAAGGGAUUUUUAUCUGCAUUAUCGUCAAUCAACAGCCAUGAGGGUUUGCGAGGCUUGUUUAGGGGUCAUUCGGCCACCCUUCUUCAGAAAUUCCCUUACGCAGCCAUCAACUUCCUGAUGUAUGAACAGAUGCGAGCACUUUUCAUCUCAUCUCCAGAAAAGGAAACACCACUGCGUCGAUUCUUAUCUGGCAGUAUAUCCGGUGCCACGUCGGUCAUCUUCACGUACCCGUUGGACCUUGUGCGAGUGCGGUUGGCGAUCGAAAGUCAGGCACAUAAAUCAUCCCUGAAGGGCAUUUGCCGUCAGAUAUACCACGAGCAACGGGAUCACACGCCGUCACAUACUAGUGCGGUGAGAGGCACAUAUACUAUCUCUGGUGCCAUCGAAAAGGCUCUUCCACUUUCCAAGCUCAGCAAUUUCUAUCGCGGCUUUAGUCCAACACUGCUCGGGAUGCUUCCUUACGCUGGGAUGUCUUUCUUCGCGCACGACACUGUGAGUGAUUGGCUACGGCAUCCUAAGCUCGCAAGCUACACCACAGUCCCACAGUCUGUCGCAGACAAAAAGCCUAUAAAACCUCGUCUUAGAAUAGCUGCACAGUUGACAGCAGGGGCGCUUGCUGGAACGAUCGCUCAGACUACUUCGUACCCGCUCGAGGUCAUUCGCCGUCGCAUACAAGCUAGCGGGGUAACGCAGGGCGAGAGGAAUAUAGGCAUUGCAGGCACUUGCCGUAAGAUAUGGUCGGAAAGAGGAUUCCGGGGAUUCUGGGUUGGAUUGACUAUUGGGUAUAUUAAAGUGGUUCCGAUGGUUGCUACUAGCUUUAUGGUUUACGAGCGGCUGAAAUACCAGUUUAACAUAUAA